AUGCCACUGUCGCCGCGGCGUAGCACCCGCGGUGCUGUUCCAGCUGCGCCCGCGUCCACCACCACAUCCUCAUCGCUGUCCUCCGGUCGACAAGAUCGCAAUGCACGUGCGACGARUCAUCAAACAUCGGCCACACCGCGAUCUCUAUCUUCGGAAGAAGUUGAGCCUGUGCGGAGAAGCCAGCGUUCCCACCAAAAGGAAGACUCGCCAGCGGGUGGAGACACAGAAGCUGUCGAGGACCCAGACGAAGAAGCAAUAGACGAGGAAGAGAUAACGCGAUGUAUCUGCGGAAACCAAGAAUAUCCUGGUCCCCCGCUUAGCGAGGCCUUUGCCGACGUGCCUGACGCGCUAUCCGACGAUGCCGGUGGACUGUUCAUCCUAUGCGAUGGAUGCAGCGUCUGGCAGCACGGUGGAUGUGUGGGCAUUGUGGAAGAGAGCCAAAGUCCGGACAAGUACUUUUGCGAAGACUGCCGGCCCAAGAUGCAUGCGAUACAAACAGACACUAGAGGGCAAAAGUACUCGCUAUACAUUCCAUUGCAUCCCAAAGCCCGCCGUAAGGGCUCCGUCAGCAAGCAUGACGAUAAGGCGACAAAGGAGCGUGAGCUUGCCUCUCGUGGAAGCGUCGAUCCUGCUACCGGCAGGAGGAGGGGGACCAUGAGGAGCAAGGAGCACGACGACGAAGAAGAGCAGCUGAAAAGAGCGAUUGAGGAGAGCAAGCGCGAAGUCGACAGCGUUGCGGGAAGCGGUCGCAGAGCUAUCAAGCGUGGCCGCGAUGACAGCAGUGAAGACAAGCAGGACAACAAACGGCAACGAACAGCAUCGGACUCUGGGCCCCCAGCCGUCCGGACUGUGUCGCUUGAGGAUGACUCCGACGGUGAAGGGAACCCCACCAUUAGCAGGGCGAAGAAAGCAAAGGCCGACGCCGCACAAAGCGCACGCCAAGUGAAGCAGGCAGAGAAUGAGAGGACUCGAGAGAGAUCAAGAGCUGAGGCCGCUGCUCGUAGAGUGGAGAGGGCAAGAAGCAGACGGAACGAUGAAGCCGAUCAAAACGACGAUGGAACGCCAAACCCUCCUGGCAGUAAUAGAGCAUCUCCUCCCCCAGCAUCGUCACAGCCACCAACAYCGCCUCCCGUCGAGAAGGUCUCACAUAAGAAAGGACCAGGCAAGAAGCCCGUGAAAAAGCUAGGGAAUAAUCAAUAUACCAAGCGGAACCUCGAACAGGCGGCCUCUUCACCGUUUGGUCGGAAACGCAAUCUGCAGACCCAAGCUACUGGCAGCGGCGAUGAAGGACACGAUCCUACAAACGGGGAGGCUAAUGGUACAAACGGGAAAGCCAGCCCGGGCACAGCUGAGAACGGGCAUACCAAUGGCAACGGUAAAGCCAAGUUUGGACGCAAGAAGAACGUUGUGGUAAACGGCAACGGCGCGAACAAGACAACCAGUGAAGAAAUCCCACGGACAUUCAGGAACAUGAGUGCAGCGCUAAACAACAUGRACGCCUACGUUGCGAGGCAACAAGCGGAGGCAGCGCCGUCUGCGAAUUCCGGGGCCACCAGUCCUGCGGCAGACAGCACUCCUUCAGCGGGAGGCAAUGGCAUUGCGGCCCAGGCCCUAGAAGGAAAUGAUGGCGAGCAGGCGAGCGAGCAAUUGGAAGUGCCAACACCGGAGGAGUGGAACAAGCUCUCAUCCGCGGAAAUGGCAGCUGUGGUGCAGAAGAACAUUGGGAAAUGGCAGAGGCUAUAUGGCCCUCUAGCGCAACCAGUGAUACCUCCUAGUUGA